AUGAUCAGAGAUAAAAUAAAGGUUGCACAGGAUCGACAAAAGAGUUAUUAUGAUCGGAGGCAAAAGCCAUUGGAGUUUCAGGUGGGUGACCAUGUGUUUCUGAGGGUCUCACCUAUGACUGGAGUUGGGAGAGCUCUAAAAUCCCGGAAGCUGUCUUCUAAGUUCAUUGGACCGUUCGAAGCAAUAUGUUUGGAUCCUUCUCAUGUGAUUGACCUUGACCCGAUUCAAGUGAGAGAAGACUUGUCAUAUGACGUAUACCCAGUGAGAAUUGUUGAUCACCGUGUUAAACAACUGAGGGGCAAGGAGAUCUCAUUGGUGAAGGGAAUAAGGGCCUUCGAUCAUCUUGACUGGGGAAAAUUUGAAAAUGAAUGGAAGAAGUAG